AUGCCGGACUAUCCAGCCUUCAUUGACCUGUCCCACAUCGUAUGGAUCAACAGUCACCUGCCGCAGAAGUACCAGCACAAGUGGCGUUUUCUUUUCUCCUCGCAUAUCCACGGUGAAUCUUUCUCGACUAUGGCUGGUCGAAUCAUUGACCAGGGUCCUUCGAUCCUCAUAAUCGAAGACACCAACGGCUAUAUCUUCGGUGGGUUCGCGGCCGUCGCGUGGUCGAUGGGGCCCAACUUCACCGGCACCGACGAGUCGUUUCUGUUCGCCGCCGCCCCCAGGAUGCGAAUGUACCCCGCCACCAAUUACAACGACCACUAUCAAUACAUUAAUCAUCACACUAAAACAUUGCCUAAUGGAUUGCUAAUGGGCGGGCAGUUCAACUUCGGCGGUAUCUGGGUGAACGCGGACCCAUUCGGCGAGGGUUCCUCUGCGGAGUCGUGCAGCACGUACCGCGGCUACCGCCGCCUCAGCAAGGAGCCCACCUUCCGCAUCCGCAGCCUCGAGCUCUGGGGCGUCGGGGACAAACCACUCACCGAGAAGGAAAAGGAGGAACGCGACGUGAGCGUGCUGGAUACGAACCCGGAGGCAAAGGCCAUCCUAGAGCUGGCGGGACGCACGCGACACAGCGAGGGCAUCCGGGAACCGCCACCUUUAUAA